AUGACUCACAACACAAGUCUAAAAAAGGUACGCCAUUUUUUCUCUAGCUCAAACAAGCUUCCUUUCAAUAUUAAGUUGGCUCAUGAGAUUAAGGCCAUUAGGGAGAGACUAGAUGCAAUUGCCCAAGAUAAGAAAAAGUUUCACCACACUGAACGACCUAUAAAUCAGAUGCGACUUGAGAAUGUUAAGAGAAAAGAGACCUACUCUUUUGUUCGUGCAAAAAGUGUUAUUGGGAGGGACGGUGAUAAAAUGACAAUUGUACAACUUUUAUUGGAAACCAACGUUCAAGAUCAGAAUGUGUCAGUUGUUGCAAUAGUUGGAAUUAGGGGACUAGGAAAGACCGCACUUGCACAAUUAGUAUAUAAUGAUGAGAGGGUCAAUAAACAUUUUGAUCUUAAGAUGUGGGUUUGUGUUUCUAACAUCUUUGAUGCGAAGGUCGUUGCAGAAAAGAUGUUAGGGGUCAAAAUACCUGAAAACCUUUUGAUGGGUAAAUUACAAGAAAAAAUUGGUGAAAAGAAAUUUUUGCUUGUGAUGGAUGAUGUGUGGAACGAGAAUCGUGACAAAUGGUUACAAAUGAUAGAUCUGCUGGUGGGUGGUAUGAGAGGAAGUAAGAUUUUAGUAACUACUCAUUCUGAGUUGGUUGCAAAUGUUACAGAGUCAAAUUCACCAUAUAUUUUAAAAGGCCUAUCUGAGGAGUCGUCAUGGUCUUUAUUUGAAAAAAUGGCAUUCAAACAAGGGAAAGAGUCAGAUAAUACACUUCAAGUAACAAUCGGCAAGGAAAUUGUUUAG